AUGGAUGAGCUGAAGUCGUGGCUGGCGAGACUUCCUGCUCCCACUGACCUCGUCAUCCUCAUCGACACCCGGCUCAUCGACAGAAUCCCCAACCUGGACUUAAAGUUUCGACCGCACGCCUCCGCUCACGCCCCAGCACUACUCUCUACCGUCAACACCACAGGGAGGCCCACUCUCAUCGGUGGUGUCUCCAUUCUAUCUUUCAACAGGGCUAUCUCACUGUCCUCUCCACUCCCCUCCGCGGAUGGCAGACUUCUCACUGUACACCUCAACUAUCUCUGUGAGCAAAUCCGCCUUAUCGCCAUAUACGCCCCCACACAGUUCUACGAGCGCAGGAUGUGGUGGACCACCACACUCGUCCCGGCUCUAGAAGCCCCGACCGCUGCUGCUGCAUCCAUGCUUGUCGGAGACUUCAAUUUGGUAAUCCUUCCCAUCGACAGAAACCGCCCUCCCAAAGACUUCGAGGUCCGUGAGGGCGCUUCAUUCGCCAAACUCAUGGAUAAUCACGCACUGGUCGACACCUUUUGUGAACUCUACCCCACGCCGACAGACGUCUUCUCCUUCUAUGGGAGGCAGCGUCACAAUACUGCAACGCCGCCCACCUCCUCCCGACUCGACAGGAUAUACAUCUCUCGGGCCUUCGUAUCACGUCUUGCUGCAUGUCCGUACAUCCAAACCCGCACGGCAAUCACGGACCACCUCUACGCCCCCCUCUGCUCACUUAGCUUCAUCAACCCAACUGUUGCCCCUCGACCAUGGCGACUCCGACAGCAUCUACUCAUGCGCCCCCAUGUCUCACAAAUCAUUGACUCCGCCAUCGCAGUCUUCCCAUCCACCCCUUCCCCGGACUUCUGGGACAGAUGGAAACUCGACCUCACCCUUACCCUCAAGCGUUUUUCCAACCAGGAGAGACGUCGCGUCGAUGGUACGGUCGCUCAUCUCGAACAUACCAUCGGCUCCCUACAGCGACAUGCAGCGUACACGCCCCUGACUCAGGCCGCGUCCAACUGCCUUGACCAAGCAAGACUCCAUCUGGCUAGGUAUGAAGCUGCGAAAGCCUCCGAGAUUGCGCUCAAGGCCAAGCUCAAAGUGGAAGGGCACAGAAAAAUGGGAGUGUCCUCUCUUCUUUCUGGCCUCAACUCAUGGAUCAAAGGCUCGAUCAUCAGCUCGCUGAUCUUACCUAAUGGACAGACGACUUCGGACCUCCCCACCAUGACCAACAUGUGCUCCAACUUCUUCCAGACACUCUACAGCGGUAACAACCCCAUCGCCCCAAGCAGGUUCUUUUGGCAACACAUCCCCCCCUCCUCCAUCCCGGACCCCUUACUCCUACGACUCAGCGCCCCCCUUUCCCUAGCUGAAAUUGGAAAAGCGAUGAUAUCCCUGUCCCGAGGUAAAACCCCCGGCCCAGACGGCCUUCCCGGGAAACUUUUUCGGCAAUUUUCCCCGCGUUUUGAACCGCCCUUCCACUCCCUGCUCUCCUCAAUACAGCCACUCUCUCGCCUACCUCCGUUCAUGCUGACCGGGCGCACUGUCCUUAUUCCAAAAAGAAGUGACUCCUCGCUAGUAGAGAAUCUCCGCCCCAUCACCCUCAUGAACGCCGACUACAAAGUCCUCGCUCUCUGUCUGGCUAGCCGCCUUCAGCUCGUUCUCCCCCAGCUCAUCCACCCAUCACAAACCGCCUUCAUUAAAAACAGGAAAAUCGGAGACACAAUCAACGAUACCCUCGACAUCAUGGACUGGGCGGCCUUCUCUUCGGCCCCUCUUCUCGCUCUUACGGUGGACUUUCGGAAGGCCUAUGACCUCGUCGAUCGGCCUUUUCUCUUCCAAGCCUUAGCGGUCCUCGGUCUCCCUGCAUCCUUCAUCCAUUGGGUACGACUAAUGCACUCCGACACGAACACACGAAUCUUGGUCAACAACAUGCUCGGCCCCACCUUCCCCGUCCGUACGGGCGUCCGACAGGGCUGCCCUCUGGCGCCUCUACUCUUCGUUUGUGUCAUUGAGAUCUUUCACCGCUAUAUGGCCCUCUUCCUCCCCGGCUUCGCUCUGUCCCCCGCCGAACGCCGACUCAUGGCAUGCUACGCGGACGACGUAACACUCUUCCUCACAUCCGACACAGAGCUCGGCAUCGCAGUGAUGCUCCUAGGCGUCUUUGGAUCCGUGUCUGGGGAGGUCCCCAACUGGAACUAA